AUGGAGAAAAUUGCCGACGAGUUUUCUAAAACGAUUCAAUACAGUUUAGAGAAAUCUAGUGAGGUAUCCCACAUUGUUGGCUCUGCUAUGUUUGCCUCUGUUUUCAACAUGGAUCAAUCGGCGGUCUACAUCGACAUGAACCCCAACACGACGAUCGACUUCGUAGGUGCCAAACAUAUCGACGUCGUCCAAGGAAUGACGGAAAAUGCUUUACAUCUUUUGCUUUUCUCUGUUCGUCCGCCAUCGGGGAGAAGCUCCAACCGAUGA